UGACUGCCGCUAUUCUUCCCAGCCAUGACAGAUUUAAUUGAUUCCAUUUAAUCAAAUCCCUGUCAAUUUGCUGCCAUAGCUUUUCACAGUUAUUCUUGAACAAGUCAAUAUUCUUUGCUGUAAGCUCAAUUCCUAGAUAUUUUACUUUAUGUGUUACUUCACAAUUUGUAAUUUCCAUCAAUUCUUGUUGCUUUUGUUUGGUCAUAUUCUUACGUAGUAUCUUAGAUUUUCUCUUAUUGACAUAAAAUCCAGCCAACUCUCCAAAUUCCUUUAUUUUGUCCAACAACUUUGGCAUAUUUUGUAUUGGAUCUUCGACAAGAACCAUCACAUCUUCCGCAAAAGCUCUAACUUUGUAGGUAAAAUCUUUUUCCCUUUUAUUUUAAGACUAAUCAAUUAAAAUUGGGAAUUUAAAUUAAUUAAACCACAGAAUUAAGGAAGAGAUCAGACUCCUGGGCGGGAAGUAAACCAAGCCCAACAAUGUCGAAGAAAGAAUGGCAAUCGGCUUUUGAUAAUUUGAAUAAAAAAAUGACGGAAGGUAACAAAGAAUUAAAAGAGACUAUGCAAAGUAAGAUGAAUGAUAUUAAAGAAACAAUAAAAUCGGAGGUGGUGGAGUUGGCUAAAAACUUGGAGGAAGUGAAGAAAAAUUACAAACAAUGCAGCAGAAAGUUACAGAAGUUGAAGAAAAGACAGAAAAGUUCGCUAUGUCCUUUAAAGCGGAGAUCACAGGAUUAAAUGAAAGGAUGGCAGUAAUGGAGUGUAAAAAUAUGGAUAAACAACUUUUGGGGGUUGUGUGUGCAGCGUGUGUUAUUGACUCUCUUAACAUUCCACCUUUCUUGACAGCAUCGCGGAGGAGAGGAGGACCAGCUGCAAGACUGCCUGAACAUCCCUGGACUGCAGGACAGGACUGUUGCUCUGCCUCUGAGCAGAAAAAUGGGCCUGAGGGAGAAGGUGCAAAGGAAAGCUUCUCCAAAUGCUGUUCUGGAAGCUUUUUACAACAGACACCAAAAGAAACCAAAAGUGAGUGAGCUGAAUAUAUUGGCCAAGCAGUGUGACCUUCAACACCGGGAGGUGGAGAGAUGGUUUCGAUCCCGUCUCAAACAAGACCAGUCCAACUUGACAAGGAAAUUCUGUGAAGCCAGCUGGAGGAGCACCUUCUAUGUAACUACCUUCAUCACAGGCCUGAUUGUCCUGCAUGAUAAAUCCUGGUUCUGGGACUACCGAGAGUGCUGGACUGGGUACCCGCAGCAGCCACUUGUCCCUUCCAUCGCUGCCUACUACAUGCUGCAGCUUUCAUUCUACUGCUCCAUGGUCAUCACCUUACCUUUUGAUGUGAAGAGGAAGGACAUUAAUCAGCGAAUCCUCCACCAUGCCGCCACCAUCUUUCUCAUCACUUACUCAUUCUGCGCCAACUAUCUCCGCAUCGGCACCCUGGUCAUGAUCAUCCAUGAUGCUUCUGACUGUUUCCUGGAGCCUGCCAAGGUCUUCAACUACCUGAAAUGGCACUGGACUUGUAACACACUCUUCAUUGCAUUCGCCAUCAUUUACCUCUUCACUCGCCUGAGGCUUUUCCCCUCCUAUGUGCUCUACAACACAUACUAUUACUUCAUGGAACUCUACCAACCCUUCUUUGGCUACUACUUCAUGAAUGCUCUCUUGAUGGUUCUACACUUGCUGCACCUCUUCUGGUGUUACUUGGUCAUCCAAAUGCUGUACAAGUUCAUUCUGUGUGGCAAGAUUGAAAAAGACGCGAGGAGUGACUCAGAAGACAGCGAGAACGAUGAAAAAGAGACAACCUGAAUAGAUUCCCAAGUUUGUCCCGAGCCUCUCGAGGCAUCCCUUUGAGUGUGCAAACCAACACAAUACUACCUGCUGAACUUUUAUACUGGGACUUUUUCUGGGUAUACUUGGGUCAAGUGAAAGUGCUGUCUCUCAAUGUCAAGGGUAAAACAACCCUUACAGAGGAGAGAAAGAUCUCAUAACUCUCCCGAGUUGUAACCUUCUAUUGGGAAAUUAAAAUUAUCUGACCAACGUCCAAAGAACCAUGUAGUGAUUUCAAGUAAAUGUGUGCAUGUAUCUUUAAAUGCUUGGUGAGAUAGGUGAAGAGUGGGGGUGAAAGAGAGGAAUGAGUGAAUGAUAUGAUUGGUUGAUGACUGAGAGUGUGGGUGGAGUGAAUGCAGUUUAGACUGAGAGUGGAGAGCAAAAGUUUCAGUCAGAAGAAAGCAGGCUAGCUGUGUGCUGCCUAAGUAUGUUGAAGUAUUUAUGAGGGAAAUAUAACCUGUGUGGAACCUGAACUGAGCAUGUUUGUGAAAGAACACUUAGUUAGGGAAAGAGAGGCCAGCUGUGUGCUGCCUGAGCAGGUUUAAUAUUUCUGUGAAUAGGAGUUAGAGAAAGAGAGGCUGGCUGUGUGCUGCCUGAGGAGUUUUAAGCAUUUCCGUGAGAGAAAUAUUGAGUCAGAGAAAGAGGCUGUGUGUGAAGCCUUAGAAAAGAUCUGUAUGAAUGAGCUUAAAUGAAGUAACUUUAAGAACCAAGAACUACU